AUGUGUACAGAAUUAUUAAACGAAGCGCUGUUGGAAGUUGAAGAUGACGAUGCAAAAUCCAUCAAAGAUCUCGCUGAUUAUUGCCGCCUUCAAAACGAUAUAUCUGAAGGUCAAAUUAAACAAGUCGAAAGUGAAUAUCGUAAUCAUACACCAAUAUGGUGGUAUACAGCUGAGACUUUUAUAUACUCCAUGCAUAAUCGCGGUCUUCGAGUCCUGGAUGUCGACAUCAUUCUAAAAAUGGGAUUUUUUAUUCGUCAUUUACAUAACCAUAUUCAAGAAUUACAUCGCGAACAACAACGUAGCAGCGUGCUAAAAAAAUUUCAAGUUUUUCGUGGACAAGGUUUGUCCGUGGCAGACUUUGAAAAAAUGAAAAAAACCAAAGGAGGACUUAUGUUCUUCAAUAAUUUCUUGGCAACAAGUCGCAAUCGUGAGAUUUCACUGGAAAACUUUGCACGGCCAGCUAUACGAAAUCCCACUUCAGUUGGUAUUCUCUUCGUUAUGAACAUUGACACGGCUAUUUAUACAAAUUCAUCGACACCUUUUGCCGAACGUCUACUUUGUGAACAAACUGAAGAUUUAGGAGAUUAA